GUACCAGUGUCAAAAUUCUAACCUCAAUUGAAUUCCAUUUCAAUGCAUUUUUAAAAAAAUGUAAUUUUGAAUUCUAUUGUUGUCUUAAGUAUUAUACGAUCAAGAAUAGGUAAAUCCAAAAGGUGAGAUGGUUAUUUUAUGUCGAUUUGGUACAAGUUUUAUAAAACUUAACAACCGUACCAUUUAUAAGAAUACCAUUCCAAAAAUAAAUGGAUCAAAAUUAUGUUCUACUCAAGUUUCAAGACAAGCAAAUGACAAUACCUUUGUACCUUUUAUGACAAUGAUUCAGAAUCGAAGAGCUCAAGCAUCAAGAAGUAUUUUAGUACAAGUGCAGUCUGCUAAAUCUUACAAUGAACUGUAUUCUUACUGCAGUACUAUUGGAGAAGUUAAAGAUAUGCUACACUAUAGUGAUAAUUCAGAGCAGAUGCAUUUUAUAAUUGUAGAAUUUAAAAAUGAACUUGAUGUCAAUAAGAUAUUAUCCGUUAGUAGUCAUAUUCAGGAGAACCAGACAGUACCUGUUCAGUCACCAUUUUUAUGGUUUCGAGCUCCGAAUAACAAAUUAGGUAAACUUAAACAGAAUAAAACAGCAAAAUUAUUGGUUGAGAAUGGCACCAGUGUAAUUAGUGAAGAAAAUUUGAAAACAGCUCUAAGUCAUUGCACUUCAGUUUCAGCUCAAAUUCAAGAGUUAUAUAUGUUAACAAAACUAAAUGAUGUAGGCCAAAGAUUAAGAUUUAUAACAGCGAAACAAAUUGAAAGUACUGUAAGUGGUCUCUUUCCAAAUGUAUGUGCUUAUCCAUUUGGAUCCUCUGUAAAUGGCUUUGGUAAAAUGGACUGUGAUUUAGAUUUGGUUUUAAAAUUGACAGGUCAUAAGGAAAAUGAAAAUAGUAGAUUAAUUUAUCAUUGCAAAGCUGGUUCAGGGUCUGAUAGGAACAUGAACCAAAAAAACAUGGAGGUAUUAGGUGAUUUCAUUCAUUUAUUUUUACCAGGAUGUAGUCAUGUAAGAAGAAUAUUACAAGCUCGAAUACCUAUUCUAAAAUACCAUCAACAAUUGACAAACAUUGAGUGUGACCUCUCUAUGACCACCAUGAGUGGUGUAUAUAUGUCCGAUUUCUUGUACUUAAUGGGAGAGAUAGAUAACAGGGUGAGACCCUUAAUAUUUGUAAUAAGAAAAUGGGCAAAAGAGGUAUUUUUAACUAAUAAUUCUCCAGGGAAAUGGAUAUCAAACUUUUCUUUGACAUUGCUAGCUCUGGCUUUUCUACAAAGACCAUUACAUUCUCCACCUAUCCUGCCAACAUUUAAUACCCUAGUAAAACAUGCAGCACCUAGUGAUCAUUUUAUCACUGAAGAUGGAAUUAACUGUACAUUUUUAAGAGACAUCACAAAGCUCAAAUUCAAAAAGGAAAAUGAUAAAUCCUUGGAAAGUCUCCUCUUUGAAUUUUUUGAGUUCUAUUCACAGUUUGAUUUUGAAAAUAAGGCUAUAUGUCUAAAUGAAGCUGCUUCAAUAUCAAAACCAGAACACAGUGCUCUUUAUAUUGUAAAUCCUUUAGAAAGGGGUUUGAAUGUUAGUAAAAAUGUCAGUUAUGAUGAACUAGAAAGGUUUAAAAUAGAAGUAAGAAAUGCAGCUUGGCUGUUGGAGUCACAAGAAAGUAGUCAGACGUAUAAAGGACUACUUGGUAUAUUCCAAAAUAAAUAUAAUGCUAAGUACAAAUUAAACUUUGCUGCUUCGACAAAGCACAAUAGAUUGAUGGAUGUGUCCGAUUUGUUUGAAGGUGAAAAUAAUGAAUCUGGAGAAAGUCAUAUUAAUUUUAAGAACAAACAGAUUGAGAAACAAGUAUCAGAUAUUAGAAAAAAGACUAAAGAGAAUAUAAAAGCUUUGGAAGUAACACAAAAACAAAAGAAAAGUAAAAAAAUAUAAUUUUAUAAAAUAUAUUAAAUAAAGUUUACAAAAAAAUGUUUGUUUUUACUACAGACAUAUUGGUUCUAUUCAGGGUUGGGUAACGACAUGUAGAAUAUUAAUUUUCUACGUGCAUGUCAAAAAAAGCGUAGAAAAUGUCGAAUAUUAAGUAGAAAAUGUAAAAAAUCCAAGCA